CGGUGUCCGGUCCCGUGUUUUGAACGUCUCGAUGCGGGCAGCUCACUAUUUGGCAGGAAGGUGAGGAGGCCUCUAUCCUGGUAGUAGAGUGCGUGUACGGAGAGGAGGAUCCAAAUGUAGCAGAGGCGAAUUGGAGGCAGCAGUGGUGACUGCGGAAUGGGAAAAACGAAACAAGGGGAGCAGCUCCCCAUACUGCUGCCGCAGAGAAUCUAAGUGGCCUAGUGAGACAGGAGGACUGCUGCGGCUGCAGUGCUAACGCUUCUAGACUAUCCUCCUGGCACUCCCAGGCGCCCAUCCUCCCAGCAGCAAUUAAACCGAUGGCCUUCUUGGAUGGCCCCCUGUAUUGGUUUGGCAUGUCCUGGUUUUUGGCAGCAGGGAGGCCACAAAGAUGGCUCCUGUGAGAAGUUGCUGGAAGCUUCCCACCAUGUCUGGCAGAGCCAAUGGCUGAUGGCUCUGGAGAUGGACAUGCUACUGGCCAAAACUGGGCCAAUGAGAGAGAUUGGUAAUGCCUGUGAUGACAUAUUUAAGAAGGAAAUCAAAACCAAGUCACAAGGUUUUACUUCCAGUCGGAGAGGAGGAGGAGAGUUCUGCCAAGAAAAGUUGUAGCAAAAGGAUGAAUACAAAAGUGAUAUAACUGAAAGUGCUUCUCCUGUAUCUGAAGAAGAACAAAUUGAUGAUUGGAUGGUAUAUAAGUAGCUGUUGUUUUACAAGAAUAAGAAGAUAUUUGAGGAGUUGGGAAGAACUGGAUUUUCACCCUAGUCUAGCAGCUUUGCUGCUCACUUAAACACAGAUGAAUGAAGACCCCAUUUGGAAAAUCACCAGGUCAGCGGUCCAGAGCUGAUGCAGGUCAUGCAGGAGUCUCUGCGAGCAUGAUGAAGAAAAGAACUUCCCACAAAAAGCAUAGAAACAAUGUUGGACCAAGCAAACCUAUUUCUCAGCCACGAAGAAACAUUGUAGGCUGCAGAAUACAGCAUGGCUGGAGAGAAGGGAGUGGACCUGUAACACAAUGGAAGGGCACAGUUCUUGAUCAAGUUCCUGUGAAUCCCUCCCUCUAUCUUAUAAAGUAUGAUGGAUUUGAUUGUGUGUAUGGACUAGAACUGCACAAAGACGAAAGAGUUUCAGCACUUGAAGUCCUUCCAGACAGAGUUGCUUCAUCUCGAAUUAGUGAUGCCCACCUGGCAGACACAAUGAUUGGCAAAGCUGUGGAACAUAUGUUUGAGACAGAGGAUGGCUCAAAAGAUGAAUGGAGGGGGAUGGUCUUGGCUCGAGCUCCUAUUAUGAACACAUGGUUUUAUAUUACCUACGAGAAAGAUCCUGUGUUAUAUAUGUACCAACUCUUAGAUGACUAUAAAGAAGGUGACCUUCGCAUUAUGCCCGAUUCCAAUGAUUCACCUCCUGCAGAACGAGAACCAGGUGAAGUUGUAGACAGCCUGGUAGGCAAACAAGUGGAAUAUGCCAAAGAAGAUGGCUCAAAACGGACUGGCAUGGUCAUUCAUCAAGUUGAAGCCAAACCAUCUGUCUAUUUCAUCAAGUUUGAUGAUGAUUUCCAUAUUUAUGUCUAUGAUUUGGUGAAGACAUCAUAGACAUUAUCAUAAAGUUCUGCCAAAUUUGUGGAACUAUUAAAUGUAAAACUUGUAGACACAGACUUGACUGUUUUUCAGUUGAAUGAAAUCUUAGAUGUCCCUGCGAACCCACAAUCUCUGCCAGCAACUGUUUUGUUCUGAAUAAUACAAAUUUAUGUGAACGUGACACAUCUUGUGUAAGAGAGCUCCUUUUCUUGAAGGAAACCAAUCUAUUUGGGUGGUACGGAGUUAAAAAGCAAAGAACAGUUGCAAAUUCAAGCUGUGUGAAGUCAAUCUAGUAUUGUAAUCUAGAUUUUUUCUUAGAUUAACUUUCUCUUCAACCUUGCAUCACCUGUUCAACUGCCACAUGCAAGUGUAGUUUGCUAUUUUCCUUAUGCCUUAUUUUGCAAGAUUAAAUUUAAUUUCUUGGCUACUGGCAGUCCUUGUUUUCUGGGUUGGGACAGAGGUGAUUUUUCUGAAAGGUUUAAACAGUUUGUGCAGCAGUAAGGAGUGUCUAACCCAAGUAACAUCAAUUUACUGUGUUUCUACUCUCUUUCAAAUUAAGUUUUUUAAGAACUUGCAGUACAUGGAAAUAUUUGUGUGUUUUUACUAGUCACAGGGCAGUAGGAUAUUGUGUUUGACUUAUGCACCUUUCAGCGAAAAGGCUUUAAACUAUAAAAAUAUAUUUAAUCUGUAUAUCCAGUUAAUUAGAAAAUGAAAGUUAAGGGCCUGUGUUUACAAGUUGUAGGAACCAGUAAAAUACACACAACAAAGCUGCCUUUAAUCCUAAAUGUUGUGCUGUUUUGUUAUACACAUUUCAUAGCAGAAUACAAGUGCUUGGUGCCACAAGUUUAACAGUAUAUAAUGCUACUUAAGCAGACUUUGGACUACACAUUGGCAAUCAGUCGUCUCUCAUGUAAUAUCAGAACCUAGCAACCUGGAUGUUUGUGUGGACUUAGAAACCUAGUAUUAGUUAAUCUUUUACACAGUAAAUACAAGUUUAUGGGAGAUGAGGUCCUUUUACACUGAGGACCUCCUUUAGAGAAGAAGCAUUUGUUGCCCUCUCCUCAGUCUGCUGUAUUCCUUUGCUUUGUUUUGUGUUGGAGUUUGCUAUUAUUUUUAACCAUUUUGGUUCAAGAAGGCAUCAUUUCAAUGUAUUCUAUUUUUGGCUUUUCCACGUAUGGAGUGUCCCAACAAAUCUACAGUUUAAACCUGUUGUUGCCUUUUGUGGUGUACCUGCUUUGAGGUAUGCCAUUAACAUGAAUUUCAUUCUAUGAACACUAGUUUUGCAUGCCAGUGGUGUAAUAUCUAAUGGGAGCUAUAGGCUGUCUCAUUGGUUCAGUCAUCUGCAUUAGAUUGUGGAUGUAAAUAGCAGCCCGCAACAGCAGAAUCCUUUCACAGUUUUAAUCUUGCAAGAUAGUUGUAAAUCAAGGUUAGGGUAUUUGGGUUUUUUUAAGAAUAGCAACUUUUAAAAGCAUCAUAAUUGUAAUGAGGAUCAGCACAGCAACAAAAUUUUCAUGUUGAAGCAGAGCUCUACAAGCUUCAAACCACUGCUUCACAGAAAUACAGUAUGUGAAGAAUGUGAAUACAGUCAAGGCUAUUGAUGGAAAGAAGGAAUACAUAGAUAUCCAACCUUAUGAUGUUAGUGGAAGGAUGCAGGAGAGAUACUGCUAAUCAGAGAUCAGGGAUCUGACCUCUGUUGUGGAUAUUCUUAAUAUCAAAGACUCAGUGGCUUAAGUCCUUUUCUGUCUUUUUUUUUUUUUUUUUUUUUUUUUUUUGCUUAAUUUCAUGCUUUAGCCUUAAGGCUUGUGCCUCAUGCUGUUAAAUGGUAAUACUGUAUAAAUAUGGUAUCAAUUCUUUGUCCCUUGCUACUAUAUUGCAUUAUGUUCUGUAUUUCAUCAUGGGCAACCAAAGGCAGGCUAUUGUCUUUCAGUUCACAACUUCUCAAUCCAGUCUUUAAGCACCAAGUAUCUGAGUCAGUAAAUUUUCAUUGUGUUUUGAACAAAAUGAGCAGAUUUGCAACACAGUGCUUUCAUCCUGCAGAUCUGUUAUGUGCUUUCUAUUGACUCUUAAGAGUCCUGCAUGUAAAUCUCAAAGCUGAGCCUGGCUCCAUGAGCCCAAGUUGAUAUUUGUGGCACAAGAAUAAGUGUAUUGAUUACACACAAAAUACACUAAUAACUUAGUACAAUGAAUUUUGGGCUUUACAUCUAAGGAUGUAACAACAAGGUUUGUUUUGAAAUAUUUGAGGUUUAGCUCUACUGGAACAUUUUUAACAUUUGGCUUGCAUUUGUGGGGUUUUAUGUAAGCCACUCCAAUACACCACAUAUUUUGCUAAUUAGAAUAUAAUCUAUACAGUAUAUACUGUCAAAUUUUAUGGUUGUUUUUAGAUGUCCCCAUUGUCUGUUGCAUGGGUUUUUCCUUUUCAUCUUUUUUUUCUUAAGGUUUGUGUGGAGGGGUGUUUUUAGUUUUGUGGUUGGUUUUUUUAAUUGCUUAAACCACCUUUUUGAGACUUGAGACUUAUUCCACUCCCUGCCAUCUGUUUUGGACUUAUUUUAGGCUCAUGUUUCAGAUCUGCAUGCAGUGCUUGCGUUACCCUAGUAACUACAUGUUGGUCCCUUGUUCUAGGGGUUCAACAUUAAUUUCCAAAUUUGUCAUAGGUCUUGUGAUGACACAAGCCAUUGAUCUUUGUAUAAAAGUUAUUGGCCUCUCAUUUACCUGCUGUAGUAUUGUUGCAUAUUGUGUGUGCAUGAUGUCGAGCUGCCAUGGAAAACUUUUUAAAAGGAAAAAAGUCCACCUUAAAUGCAGAUCAUCCUUUUUUGCAUGCUUAGAAGGUUAGAACAUUCAAUGUAACAAACGGAAGUUGCAUGUUAUAAUGUUUAGGUUUGGGAUUUGUUCUGCUUUUAUUUUGUGUUCAGUUUUUGUGAAUUUCCUUAUUGUGCUGUUUGAAUGGUUGUUAAUAGGAUUAAAUGCACUGGUCAGGCAAACAUAGUUCAAACGAAAGGUAAUUUUCCAGUUGUAUGUGUCAUACAGCAUUUGAAGGGACCAUGUAUUCUGUUCAAGAAUAAAUAAAAUCAUAAUUGAUAAGUAAAACAAUGAAUUUUUUUUUCUUUUGAAUGACAAACCCUAAACUAAGUGGGACUACAUAAAGACUGAAAUACUUUGGGGAAAAUCCUAUUUAUUACAAUAGGUAUGCAUCUUCUUUAAAUUAAUUCUUUAAAAUGGAGGAUUCAUCUUCAAAUAGAAUAAAUUACAGUUGCUUAAUGGAAAAAAUAAUUAUGGUAAAAAACAGUUUCUGGUUCCUUGAAAAUGUUGUGUAUUUUGUAUUUUAUAUCAUUAGUGCAAUUUGGAUGGUUCUUGGUAUGUGUAUAGUUCAAAGGUCUUCGUGUUCACAUUUUAAAAUUAGGUAGUGACUUCAUCUUUAGAGCUUGAUUUCAUUUUUUUAUUUUCUUUGCAUUUAGAAGUAUGAACACUUUAAAUCUGUUACUUAAUUCUGUAAGUAAUUUUUAUAAUUAUGAUGUAACUCUAUCCUUAAAACAUUUAAAAUAAAUCCUUUAUGUGCAACUCA